AUGGGUAACUGUCUCUCCACCUGCGGCGGCCGCCGUAAGCUCGCGCUACCGGACUUCGAAAUGAUGCCACUCCCGUACAGCAACGAGGGAGAAAGUCAACAACCCCAUCCACAUUCUCCUAACUUGAGUAUAUUCCCUAUUGGCAUUGCCUUGACUACGGAUGAAGUCGUCGCAGCCCCGGCCCCUGUUCUUAUUGAGACAGCUUCUGACCAAGCUCCCGGUGUCAACGAGACAACCUCUGACCAAGCGCCUAGUGGUAGCAAUCAUCCCAUCGAUGAAGAUUCACACUCACUUGCAGACUCGCUUAAAGAUGUUACCAUCAGCGACAUCCAGGUUGAGACCGCUAGAUCAGUUAACUAUAGUCGCCCAGGAGCACACCGACUUGUGGCUAGUACAUCAGCGUACAAUAUCAGGGAUAUCAGAGAGACCAGCUGUGGAAACAUUUCCCCUCCUCGCCUACGCCCGUCGGCUACUAUGAGCAAUCUGAACAAACCGCUUCCGAAGUAUCCCGAUGAUGAUCCUGUAGCCGCUUACACCGAUCGACAAAACAUGGACGUCGAGAAGGCCUGGAAAAUCAUGUGGCCUGAAAAGGCGUUCCUAAUUGAUUCUAGACGGGAGCGCAAUGUGACACGACCACGAAUUCUUCGAGGGUCCGUAGAGAGCACGUCCUCGAACGACGUGAAGAACGAUCCGCCCAUCGAGGGUGGCAGCAGCAAUAUAGAACCGACGGAAAAUAUUGAUGACGUCGGCGACACUGGCGCGACUCAAGAGGUCAGUGAAGAUUGCGAGAAUCCGAAGGAACUCGUCCGCGUACUUCGUCAGAAAAUUUUGCAACUCGACGAUAUGAUGUUGAAAAUCAACAAGGGAGAGGUUUCAGUAAAGUCCAUUUCUGACCUUGUCACUGGUGAUGCCAAUGACCCCGAUGUUCCGGCCACCCCGUCUCCUAUCAGCCGUUCCAACAACCCUGCUAGUGCUGUCAUUAGCACUCCUGAUACUAUUGAACCAAGCACUCGAGAGGCUGAGAUGGAUAUGAGCCCCUCGGAUUUCGUUGGUAGCCCUCAUCGUACGGGUUUACCACGUCGUCGUCGUCCCGUUGGCAUCAUUGGGCCAUCGACACCAACAAGAUCUGAUCAGCCCACUGAGCUACACUAUGAAGCCCACAGCCGUGGCGAUCUGGACGCCGAGACUGAGUACCCAUUCAUAGUAUCCGAAGCGGGAGCGUCUCAAACCGUCGUACGUGAUACACUGCCCCAAGUCCCGUCUGGUGACGAGGAGCCCGAUCACUCCCUCUACGCGGUGGCACUAGAGGAUGUCACGAAGAACUACCAUGAGGCCAAAUCGGUCAUCCUCGCCAAGGUGCGCAGGUUCGCCACAAGCGAACGUACAAUUGCCAAGGUUGUCGAGACUAUCCUAGCCAUGACAGACGACGUCAUCGACGCAUGCGUCAACGACGAAGACAGCCUCGAGAUAGUCCAGAUGCUGGUGACAGGAUCUUGCCAGGGAUCUGAGCUUGUUUCAAGUGGUAAGAUAACUCCGAAUUUCCAGAACAAUCUUGAUAUGGAGGCCGAAGCAACAAAGGAGCGCAAAGCGAUAGCUCUUCUGGAGAAGUGGGCGGCCGAGGCUAAGGCUAAGGAGGAGGCCAAGGAGGGGGCCAAGGAAAAGGAGUGUUUCGGACAGGGGAUCGAACACCCUAAGUAA